UGAGGGGGCUGUGUUUGUGGGUCGGGCUACCUGGACUGUGGAGCUAGGCUGCCCGCGGGCAGCGAUGGCCCGGGACCUGAUCGGGCCAGCUCUGCCCCCAGGCUUCAACGCCCGAGGGACUGCGGAGGAAGAGCUGGAUCUGAGUCCUGUUGCAGGACCAGCACUGCCCCCCAACUAUAAGAGCAGUAGUUCAGACUCAUCAUCCAGUGAUGAAGACAGUGAUUCUCCUUUGCCACAUCAAGGAGGAAAGGAAGAUUCUGAAGAGGAUCAUGACACUGGUCCAACCUCAAGAAAACAGAGAAGAAAGGAAAAUGAAGAUGAUGAUGAUGAUGAUGAUGAUGGCUUUUUUGGGCCAGCUCUUCCUCCUGGAUUUAAAAAGCAGGAUGAUUCUCCACAGAGGCCAAUUAUAGGUCCUGCAUUACCACCUGGUUUUAAUAACAGAACACAGAAGAGUGGGGAAAACAGAGAUGAUCUAGGACUACCAGCUUCAUCAUCUUUCAACUCUGAGGGAACAGAGAGUAGUGAAGAUGAAGAGGCCAUUGUUGGACCAAUGCCUGCAAAAGGACCAGUUGACUAUAGUGUAACUAAAGAAUUUGAAUGGAGAGCUCAAAGAAUGAAAGAAAAACUCACUAAAGGAGAUGAUGAUGAGUCCAGACCAGUUACAAGGGAAUCAUGGAUGACUGAGCUCCCUCCAGAACUGAAAGGCUUUGGUCUUGGCCCAAGAACUUUCAAGAGAAGAGCUGAUGACAAAUCUGGCGAUCGAUCAGUUUGGACAGAUACUCCAGCUGACAAAGAAAGGAAAGCUAAAGAAGCACAGGAAGCAAAGAAAUUAACCAGUAAGAAUGAUGAGGAACGUAUAUUAUCAGGAAGGGACAAGAGAUUGGCCGAGCAGGUGUCUUCAUACAAUGAUUCAAAAAGAUCAGAAUCUCUUAUGGACAUACAUCACAAAAAAUUAAAGAACAAGACAGCUGAAGAUAAAAAUAAGUCCCAGGAGAGAAGGCCAUUUGACCGUGAUCAGGAUCUCAAAGUCAACCGGUUUGAUGAAGCCCAGAAGAAAGCUCUGAUUAAGAAAUCCAGAGAACUAAACAGCCGGUUUUCACAUGGCAAAGGCAACAUGUUUUUAUGAUGGAGGGAAGGAAUGAAGGGAGGUAAGAGAAAGAGAAAAUAGAUUUUUGUUCAUUAUGAUUUUUUUAAUAAAAAAUUAAGUCUAUGAAUUUAUGCUAUUCAACUGUGGAGAUUCAACAUGUGCACACAUAAAUAACGCAAUAAAAGGAAAAACAAAUUCAACUACCUCAUUAUCUGGCUGCAGAAAAGACCAUCAUCAGGUCAUGCUUUACAGCCCAUCUAGCUGACUACUACAGCCAUCUUUCUAUCUGCCUUGCUUCUUCUCAGAACUUGGGACAGCACCUUUGCCCUCUUGUUUGGUAAGACUGGAACAAAGUUCAAAUUCAACUAGCCUGUUUAUACUUAGGUAGCUUCAAGCCAGACAUGCUUCACAUCCCAGCCAACCUUGUCCCUUACUUUGGGCACAGAAAUUAAAAUGAUUCUACCAUUGUUAUAAAGACUUUGUUGAAGCAAUUCCAAUAGACUUGGGAUGGAAAAUGCCACUGGCAUCCAGAGAGAAAACUAUGGACAUUGGAUGUGAAUCAGAGCAUAAUAUUUUUACCUUUCAUUGUUGUUUGCUUGUUUUUCUUCCUCAUUUUUUUUUCCCCUUUGACCCAAUUUUUCUUGCACAAUGUGACAAAUGUGGAAAUGUGUUUAAAAGAAUUGCAUAUAUUUAACCUAUAUCAAAUUGUUGUCUUGAGGAAGGAGGAGGGAAAAAUUCAUAACACAAAGUUGUAUAAAAAUGAAUGUUGAAAAUUUUUUACAGGUAUUUGGAAAAAUAAAACAAGUUUAAAAAAAACAAAAA